AUGCCACUCCCUCAGACUUUAAAUAGAGCGUCUCACCUGGUCGAACAUCACACGCUAUACAUCAUUCAUGUUCAAUGUUUCAUCACGUCUCAUCAGACAUGAUGGAGUCCAGACUGAUGGUGCUGCUUUUGCUCUGCUCUGUUGCUCAUGUCACUGAAGCCCAGCUGCUGUCAGUGACAACAACAAAUAGCUUCAUCAAUACGACCUCCUGCGGCACCACCAAGCUGUGUGUGUUUAGUUCGCCUAACUGCAAUCUUACAGGAACCUCCAACUGUUUCUUCAGCUCUACUAAGUACAAUAAUAGCAUACUGACUGUGGAAAUGUCCGGCACCACUUCAGGAUACGUGGCACUGGCACUCACACCCGCUACCAACCCACUGAUCGUGCUAGGGACUGUUGGGUUCGUCUGUGGCAACAAUGACUCCGGCCCCUUCUUCGAAACAGUUUCUCAGAAUGGCGUAGUGCUGACUCCUGCUAACAUGACCGCCCUAAAUAUCACUAAUAUUCAGGGUUCAGUAAUGAAUUCCCCGAGUGUUAUUCAAUGUACCUUCAAUGUCGCCUUCUUGAAUAUCAGCAUCCCGGCCAAUGUUCAGCUGCCUUCCAAUCUCACCAUCCUUACUGGAACCUCAACCGGAACAACACUGGGAAAUGCAACCACAGUGUUCAGCUCGAGCGGAACGUUAGACCUGGCAAAUCCCACGAGCAACGUUCUAGGGACGAUCACUAGUGUGGGUUGUGGCACCACCAAACUGUGUGCAUUUAGUUCGCCUAACUGCAAUCUUACAGGAAACUCCAGCUGUUUCUUCAGCUCUACUAAGUACAAUAAUAGCAUACUGACUGUGGAAAUGUCCGGCACCACCUCAGGAUACGUGGCACUGGCACUCACACCCGCUACCAACCCACUGAUCGUGCUAGGGACUGUUGUAUUCGUCUGUGGCAACAAUAACUCCAACCUCUUCUUCGGAACAGCUUCCCAGGCCGGCGUAGUGCUGACUCCUGCUAACAUGGCUACCCUAAAUAUCACUAAUGUUCAGGCUUUAGUAACGAGUUCCCAGAGUGUUAUUCAAUGUACCUUCAAUGUUGCCUUCUUGAAUAUCAGCAUCCCGGCCAAUGUUCAGCUGCCUUCCAAUCUCGCCAUCCUUACUGGAACCUCAACCGGAACAACACUGGGAAGUGCAACCACAGUGUUCAGCUCGAGCGGAACAUUAGACCUGGCAAAUCCCGCGAGCAACGUUCUAGGGACGAUCACUAGUGUGGGUUGUGGCACCACUAAGCUGUGUGUGUUUAGUACGGCUAACUGCAAUCUUACAGGAACCUCCAACUGUUUCUUCAGCUCUACUAAGUACAAUAAUAACAUACUGACUGUGGAAAUGUCCGGCACCACUUCAGGAUACGUGGCACUGGCACUCACACCCGCUACCAACCCACUGAUCGUGCUAGGGACUGUUGUGUUCGUCUGUGGCAACAAUAACUCCAACCUCUUCUUCGGAACAGCUUCCCAGGCCGGCGUAGUGCUGACUCCUGCUAACAUGGCUACCCUAAAUAUCACUAAUGUUCAGGCUUUAGUAACGAGUUCCCAGAGUGUUAUUCAAUGUACCUUCAAUGUUGCCUUCUUGAAUAUCAGCAUCCCGGCCAAUGUUCAGCUGCCUUCCAAUCUCGCCAUCCUUACUGGAACCUCAACCGGAACAACACUGGGAAGUGCAACCACAGUGUUCAGCUCGAGCGGAACAUUAGACCUGGCAAAUCCCGCGAGCAACGUUCUAGGGACGAUCACUAGUGUGGGUUGUGGCACCACUAAGCUGUGUGUGUUUAGUACGGCUAACUGCAAUCUUACAGGAACCUCCAGCUGUUUCUUCAGCUCUACUAAGUUCAAUAAUAACAUACUGACUGUGGAAAUGUCCGGCACCACCUCAGGAUACGUGGCACUGGCACUCACACCCGCUACCAGCCCACUGAACUGGCUAGGGACUGUUGUGUUCGUCUGUGGCAACAAUAACUCCAACCUCUUCUUCGGAACAGCUUCCCAGGCCGGCGUAGUGCUGACUCCUGUUAACAUGCCCAUCCUAAAUAUCACUAAUAUUCAGGCUUUAGUAACGAGUUCCCAGAGUGUUGUUCAAUGUACCUUCACAGUCACCAUCAAUACCAUCAUCCCGGCGAAUAUUCAGCUGCCUUCCAAUCUCGCCAUCCUUAACGGAACCUCAACCGGAACAACACUGGGAAAUGCAACCACAGUGUUCAGCUCGAGCGGAACGUUAGACCUGACAAAUCCUGCGAGCAACGUUCUAGGGACGAUCACUAGUGUGGGUUGUGGCACCACCAAGCUGUGUGUGUUUAGUACGGCUAACUGCAGUCUUACAGGAAGCUCCAGUUGUUUCUUCAGCUCUACUAAGUUCAAUAAUAGCAUACUGACUGUGGAAAUGUCCGGCACCACUUCAGGAUACGUGGCACUGGCACUCACACCCGCUACCAGCCCACUGAAUGUGCUAGGGACUGUUGUGUUCUUCUGUGGCAACAAUAACGCCAACCUCUUCUUCGGAACAGCUUCCCAGAACGGCACCGUGCUGACUCCUGCUAGCAUGACCGCCCUAAAUAUCACUAAUGUUCAGGCUUCAGUAACGAGUUCCCAGAGUGUUAUUCAAUGUGCCUUCAAUGUCGCCUUCUUGAAUAUCAGCAUCCCGGCCAAUGUUCAGCUGCCUUCCAAUCUCGCCAUCCUUACUGGAACCUCAACCGGAACAACACUGGGAAGUGCAACCACAGUGUUCAGCUCCAAAACAACGUUAGACCUGGCAAAUCCUGCGAGCAACCUUCAAGGGAUGAACAUCACUAGUGUGGGUUGUGGCACCACCAAACUGUGUGUGAACAAUGCGGCUAACUGCAACCCUGCAGUCAACUCCAGCUGCUUUUUCGCUUCAGCUCAAUUAAUAAACCAAAAUUUCACCUUUCAACUCAGCGGCCCAACAACAGGAUAUGUGGCACUGGGACUUUCUCAAUUGGGAACUUCUGUUGUAUUUGUCUGUGGAAGUAACAGCAGUAACUUCCUCUUCACACCAGCUACUCUCGUCGGCACGGCUUUGCUCCCUGUUAAUUUGAACACUGUGUACAGUGUUCAAGGUGCUGUAUCACAAAACCUUGUUCAGUGUAUCUUCAACACCAGCAGCAUUCUGAACAUCACCGGCCUCAAAAGUACAAACACCUCGUUCAGAAUCGCCAUCAUGAACGGAAGCAUCAACGGAAAUCAACUGGGACCUGCAAAUGUCGUGUUCGACUCCCUACAAGCAGUAAACCUGAACAGCAGCCCAACCAUCACGGCUCAUGUGUUGGCUGUACUGUUCAGUGCCCUGACUCUAUGUCUCCUAUAUUAAUCCCCAGGGUCAGUGAUGAUUAGUGUGGUUGUAAACAUAUGAAGCCAUCCUUAGUUGGCUGAACAUAAAAAAAUGACUGUGUGACUUUUACAUAUAUCUAAUUUGCAUAUCUUCUUUUUUAAAAUGUAGUUUUAAGUUUAAGAGAUAGUAUAGUUAAGAGACCUUAAUGUAACUGCUACAGACUGCUAUAGACAUCGUUCACAAUCUGACACUUUAAUGAAAGAAUUGAUUCAUGUUUACUUGAUAAUUUCAUUUGCUUCUGUAUCCACAAUGAAAAAUGUUUUCACUUCAUCAACCUAAAUGAAUAAAAGUACUUCAGUAAAAGGUU